AACAUGUGGAAAAAGUCAAGGGGUCUGAAAACUUUCUGAAGGCAUUGUAUAAUAUGAAUUUCAUGUAAUUCAUUUCAACUGUGAUGGUAUCCAUGAUGCGUGUGUGUUUAAACAUUCAACUUAAAGCAAUGCCUUGUCCCUUGGAUAGACCAUACAAAACAGUGGGAAUGCUUUACUCUGACAACGUUGAUCUCUUCUCAACCUGGUUAACAUCAGAGGAUCAGGAGUCACUGAAGGUGACACACCCACACACAUACAUCUGUAUUCACGGACACACACACACACACAUAAUCAACUCAUUGUGUUGUUUAUAGUUGUUUAAAAUGACUGGUCCUCACUCAGAGUCAUUCUAUGGCAGACACACUGGGACAAGAAGUUUGGCAAAAAGUCAGGAGGUGGAGUGAUCUCCAGCAAAUUCUCUCAGGAGAAGGCUAAAAAGGUGAGAGAGGAGGAAAGAGAGAGAAAGGUGGGAGGGACUUAACUAUAGAAUUAUGACCAAACAUAAUUCAUUAUCAUGCAGUAAAUCCUUCUUCAUUAUCACAUUCAUGUAUUUGAUAUUUGAAUAGUAUAUAUUUCAACACUCUUUAGGAGGACAUCACAGCCCCUCCAAUGGAGAGCCAGACCCUGGAUGGCUUCCUCCAACUGAAGCACUACGUGAGGGAGAUGGCCUCCAUUAGACGUUCUCUCCACGCUGGACGCCCCCUCGUAUGUUACCUCAGGGACCAGGUAAUGCACUGCGGGAAAACAGAACUCAGGAGAAACCCAGUUUAAAACAUUUAAAAAAAGUAUAUUCUGAUUAACUUCAAAAUGUGUUUUUGUUUAGUUCCCCUUAGUUAUUAGAAUUGUUGCUGAGUAUUAUUAUGGCACUGAGAUGUGAUUGUUCUAGACUUCCGCCGAUGAAUUCCAGCCUUAGGUUUCUAUUCACUGUUGAAAACCUCAUUCUUGAACUGUAUAGAAUGUUAGGACCGCUUGCUGUAACACGAAGAAUACAUGUUGCUGUCUCUGAUAUGUUCUCAUUGUAAAGGAUAAACAGUCAUCGCUAAUGACACCAUGUGACCGAGCCAUGUCAGGUUGGUCACCUAAAGCACAAUGCACGAAUGAAUUACAAUGCUACUACUACAUUCUACUAUGUUCGCCCCGUCCAUGCACUCUGAUCCUUCUUUCUCUUCAGCUGAUAAAGAGACUGUGCCACCAACCCCCAUGACCAUGAACCAACAUGCAAUGGACCCAGAGGAAGAAGAGAACCUACAGAGGAUACAGUACAGGAAGCAGAAGCUGUUCUCAGAGAAACUGCAGUGGGUCUACAUGGUCCUGUGCGGCAUCUCUCACAUGAGAAACAAAGACCUGAAGACACUGGUUCCUCUCAACAGCAGCUAUGUGAACGUCAUCAUGAAGGACACAGAGAAGACCAACAUCAUCCUGAAGCAGUCACACAGCUACUACAACCCUCCAGUGAAUCCCACCGGACAUCUGGUGUCUCUGGCCCCCGAUGAAUGUCACAACGGCACCCCUGACGUGUGGGAUACCUUCAUCGGUCACCAGGAUGCCGCAGAGCCCUCAAAGAUAACCACCAUCCGAACCACAGGAUAUAAAGCUCUGCAGUCUGGGCCCAGGCGUAAGGUUGGCCAGAGAGAUCCAGACGGCGAUGGAGACAUACCCCCAUGGCUACUACUGCUGCUGGAUGAGAACACAUCCCUAGAGAAGAAAACAGUCAAGCCUAGAGUAGACCAGUCAGGCAAGCUGGAGAGAGCCAAGGUCCAAUACCUGAAUGUGAAGAAGGUUCGAAACAUCCAGAUCAAGUCAGGAGUGUUUGAAAAGAAAAAGAACCGCGAGGGGAGGAUGAGAACUCUUUUCGAUGCUCUAAUGGCUUCCAAGACCGAUGCUGGUCUGUCUUCGCUCCUUGCCUCUCUGAAGAGAGAGCUGAAGGAGCCCAAAUCCACCACUGGUCUCUGGUUUGCAACACUGCAGAGUGAGGCCACAGAACUGUCCGGAGACAGAGACCCCAAAUAUAACAGCAUACUGCAGAAGAUCUCAGCGUUUCAAAGCUUCUCCAACAAAAGGGUCCCCUACUCCAAGGAGAAAUUCUGUCUCCUGGUCCUCUCCAUGCCUGCCAAUCAGUUGCUUCAACCAGCCAUGCAGGAAGCACUGCUCUUCCUCACCGAGAAAGUCCUGCUGCUGUUGCCGCGGCAACUCAAACAGUGGUACCAGUACCUGAAGCUGCCCUUCCCCACCACGGAAUCCUCUUCCUAAAAAAAGGGAUCCGCCUACAUGCGUUGGUGGUCUCUUUACUUCACUGCCUGUCUACAAUGUGGGCCUUGGACUGAGAAGCCUGGGCUCUUGGUGGGAUAGCUGAUGUUGAGGGCUCAGGAAAAGGCUUCAUGAAAUAUGUUUGCUGGUUCUGUCAA